CACAUGGAUAGAAAAGUCACGUGAUUUCCGACGGCACGUGACAGUAGCGUUGAAGCAGAGACGUCAACAUGGCUGCGGCACCACAACCAGUCUACUGGCUGGGUAACGAGACCCUUCGAGUGUCCGCUGAGCUUUUCGCAGAGAACCGUCGGCGUCUGUGUGGUGGGCUGAGGGCCAAAGAUGGCAUGGAGACCUGCUCGGUGGCGGUGCUGCAGGGCGGCGAGCAGCAGCAGAGGCACUGCACCGACACGGACCUCCUCUUCAGGCAGGAGUCUUUCUUCCAUUGGGCCUUUGGGGUGACUGAGGCUGACUGCUAUGGCACGAUUGAAGUGGACACGGGGAAAUCCAUCCUCUUUGUUCCGAAACUACCUAAAAUCUACGCCACUUGGAUGGGAGAGAUCUAUUCCAAAGACCACUUCAGGAAGAAGUAUGCUGUGGAUGAGGUGCACUAUACCUGUGAUAUUGCUGAAGUCCUGGGCAACCUGAAACCAGCUGUCCUCCUCACACUGCGUGGACAGAACACAGACAGUGGGAGCGUCAGCCGUGAAGCCUCCUUUGAAGGAAUUAGCCUAUUCCAAGUGAACAACACGUUGUUGCACCCAGUCAUCGUGGAAUGCCGCCUGAUUAAGACGGACAUGGAGCUAGAGGUCCUGAGGUACACCAACAAGGUGUCCAGCGAAGCCCACAAGAUGAUCAUGAAAAGUGUGAAACCUGGACAGAAAGAAUAUGAAAUGGAAAGCCUGUUCCAGCACUUCUGUUACACUCAAGGAGGGAUGCGGCACACCUCGUACACGUGCAUCUGCGGAUCGGGCAACAAUUCUUCUGUUCUGCACUACGGUCACGCUGGGGCUCCCAAUGACAAAACCAUAAUGGACGGCGACAUGUGUUUGUUCGACAUGGGCGGUGAAUACUACUGCUACUCGUCAGACAUCACAUGCUCGUUCCCCGCCAACGGCAAAUUUACCACUGACCAGAGAGCCAUCUAUGAGGCGGUCCUAAAGGCCUCCAGAACAGUCAUGGCUGCCAUCAGACCAGGCGUGAAGUGGACCGACAUGCACCGUUUGGCUGACCAGAUCCACCUGGAGGAGCUGGUGAAGGUGGGCAUCCUGAAGGGCAGCGUGGAAGACAUGAUGAAAGUCCACCUCGGCGCCGUUUUCAUGCCUCAUGGCCUGGGACACCUGCUGGGCAUCGACGUGCAUGAUGUGGGCGGCUACCCCGAGGGAGUGGAGCGCGUCAACGAGCCUGGGCUGAAGAGUCUACGGAUGGGACGCCUGGUCCGGGAACGCAUGGUGCUCACCGUGGAGCCUGGUAUCUACUUCAUCAACCACCUCCUAGAUCAGGCCCUGGACGACCCCACAAAGAGCUGCUUCAUCAACAACCAAGUGCUCAGUCGCUUCAGAGGCUUUGGUGGGGUUCGCAUCGAAGACGACAUUGCCGUCACCGCGGACGGCAUUGAGCUGCUUACCUGUGUGCCAAGGAACGUGGAUGAGAUUGAGGCCUUUAUGAGCAACUCUGACAAACCUUUCAGCCCGCUCGUGUCCAGCCAAAAAUGUUGAUCCACAACUCUCUAUACAUAAUAAAACUAAACAAUCAACCAACACAGGAUGAACACAUACAAGUUUGAUCAUGAUGCAGUUGAACACAAACAUUUACAUGAAUUAGUAUUAAAAUACACAAAACAAAUGCUGUACAAAUGAAUAAAAUUUAAUUUUUGCAAAUAUG